AAUGCCGAUCAGACCCGGCGACCUCAUGGCUGCAGCUCCGGGUCAAAAGAUGGCCUCGGACGGUAGACGUAUGCGAGUUCUCUGGGCCGAUGGCGAUGGCAACGGCAAGCCUAGCAGCUCCCUAAUUGAGCGCUGCCAAACCACUCGGCUAGGCCAUCCGACGUGGAAGAUAUUCUGCGGCAACGUUGCCAACUCCAUCACCCGCGGCAAGAAUGGGCCUCCCUACUAUGUCUACCUGGAUAACAGAGCCGCCUACGCGACAGGUAGAGAUGACAAGGAUAAGAAGAACAUGAGCCUUGUCGUCUCUGCCGCGGAGCACAUCACACCCAAAGGCAACACAGGAUCUCUCCACCCAUCUCGCCUAAACGGGACCCGAGAAUCUCCCCAUGUGACGUUUAGUUCUCAUCCAAAAUCGAUGCCUGGCGAUCUCGCUACGUGGCUAGGGAUGUUCAAUCCGAAGAGGAUUCUAAAGGAAGCGAGCCCGAUAGAUGAUCCAGCACUGCUUGAUCCGACGUCUAAGAAGAAGAGGAAGUUUAUUCAGCCGUUUGACUUGAGCUCACCUAGUGCAAGUCCGGGUACGCCAGAGUUGAAGAGAAGCAAGGUGGAGGGAGGGAUGGAUAAGCUCACGCCGAAAUCAUCCACAACGGAAGGUCGAGAGUAA